AUGGGUAAAGCACAGUACAAGAAGAAAACUCAAGGAAGGCGACAUAACCCACUGAGAGUACCAGAUGUCCACUUGGGUGGUGGGAAGGGCGAUGGGAAGGCUGAUCCAACGAAAGAGAAACAGAUGUUACCUAUUCUCAACAAGCUCAAAUCACCAGAAUAUGCGGAUAGGACUUGGGCUUGUGCAGCUAUAUGUAAUUUGAUACAUAACGAUGCGGCCACCAGACGAUUGUUCCAAAGUAGAAAUGUCGUUGGUGAGCUCAUUGAGCGAUUGUCGGAUAGCGUGGAUGAGGUACUCGUAGAAGCUUCGGGAGCCUUGAGAAAUCUGGCUAUCGAUGGUGGUCAUGAGAUCUGCAAUGAGAUGGCCAACAAGGGCAUCAUGUCUCAUCUCACAGUCCUUAUCGGCAAGAUUUCCAACACCAUCGACUCCAUAUCAUCAUCAUCUCAACCCCAGAAACAGACCGACGAGCAAUUCCAGAAUCGUAAACAUCUCCUUUCGCUAGCCGAGAAUGUUAUCUCCCUGUUAUGGAGUUUGGCAGAAGCCAACCCUAAGACACUAGCAGCUGUCAAUGCAGUGGGAUGUGAAGGACUUUUGAUCAAGGUUCUAGCUGGAAGGGCAUCGCUUAGUAUCGGUGUUACUCUUGCGGCUUCGCAAGCGCUCUAUUCGCUCACUCAGGAUAAUCCUCCGUUCCGGAAAGCUAUCGUCAACUAUCCAAAUGCCUUAGAAGCCAUAAUCAGCGUUAUUGAGGAGGACCACCUGCCCGUGGAAAGUAGUCAAAACGCCAAAGCUAGGAAAGGCAAAGGAAAAGAUAAGCAGACAAACGGUGAUGUAGAGCAGGAACUACCAGAUGGAAGAGCUCUUCUCAGAAGGAUUCUUGUUUCCGGAGUGAUAAGGAACUGUGUGCUGGUUGGAUCGAGAACAGACGAGCGAGUCAACGUAUCAGGUUUGACGAGCGGGACUAUACUGCCUUUAGUGAAUGGGCUAUUAGAUGUCAAUCUGUCACAUGUUGUCAACAGAGUCCAGGAGCUUGUACAGCAAAUACCCAAAGAAGGCAUUCUCAACCUUGGGAAGGACCUGAAGACGGAUCAUCAAUCCCCAGCUGAAGUAUCAUUGGAACGGAUCGAACGGAACCUGACCACAGUCAUUAUCGCCUUGGAAGUGUUGACCACCAUCUGUGCGGGAUUGGAGGACGAGGAAGAGGAACCAGUAUUGAACACUGCUGAGGCAAUUGCUGAGCAGGAAGACGAAGACGAGGACAUGGAAGAGAUGCUCGCAGACGAAGACCUUAUAGAGAUGGGUAGAGAUCCCUCUUUCGCCAUUGAGGAAGGCAGCCAUACGCCAGCGGUCAAUCCAGGCGCUACUCUCUCUCACCUGCUCAACACAUUACAGUUGCCAGCUCGACUUACGGCUCUCUCACACCUCACUCCACUUUCAUUCCCUCCUGCAAACAAUCAGCCUUCACCACAUCCACCAACAACUUCCGUCCUCUCAGUUCUCCAUCUUCGUGCUUUGGAAGCUCUCAACAACCUUCUUCUCACUACUGCUGCUUCUCUGCCAUCUAGGUCUGAUGCGGCAUCUCAAUUGGCGAGUUCCGUUCCAAUUCAACAAAUAUGGUCAGACAUGUUCGCUCUCAUCGGUACUCUCGGCUCCGAACCUGAUGCCAUGAAACUGAAAGGUCAAGAGAUGCGUGUAGAAGUUCUGGAGAUGGCAUUGGGCUGUAUAUGGGGAACUGUGAAAGUGGCUCCUAGUCAAUUAGAUGUACAAAGUAAUAAUAUCCAAACUCUAAUCGAUUGCACCAGUGUUCUGAGAUCGGAUGUCGCGAAAGUGCGAGUAAUUGAAGCUCUUUCUGCUCUUGCUGCCAGAGAGAAUGUCUCGGUUGACGAGAACAAGGUUAUCGGCACAUGGCUCAUACAAACUCUCACCACUUCACUGUCUCUCCCUGCUGAGGUCCUCAUUGCUAUACUGAACGCUAUCAUUGACAUCUACGCCGAUGAAACUCGAUCUUAUGAUUCCCCAGUCUUCGUACAGGGUGGAUUCUUGACCCAGUUGGGUGGAACAGUUUCCAAGGUCAGAAGCGAAGUCAAAAAGAUCGAUAAGCGAAAAGAUAGACAACUCAGAACCCAAGGUGAAGAAGUUUACGAGAACUUGACAGCUUUCAUCAAAUAUCGACGAAGUUUGCGUCAAUAA